AUACUAACGCUUCAUUCAAAAACUCUUCCUCUCUCUCUUUCUCACCCUGGUUUCUGAGAUUUCAUUUUAUUUCUCAGAAUCCAUUCGAUUCUCGCAUUAGAGAUAUAUACAGGGGGGGAGAUUUUAAUAAGCGUUUGCAAAGAUGAUUGAGGAAUUGAUUACCAGGACUUUGAUCCUGGUGUUUGGAUAUGCAUAUCCUGCAUUCCAAUGUUUCAAAACAUUGGAGAAAAACAAAAUUACGGUUCCAGAACUCAGGUUCUGGUGCCAAUAUUGGGUAAUUGUGGCGCUGAUAUCAAUUCUGGAGAGGGUUCUUGAUAUAUUUAUUUCAUGGAUCCCUUUCUACCGUGGAAUAAAGUUACUAAUGUACAUUUACUUGUGGCAUCCCGGCACUAAGGGAACCACAUACAUGUACGAGAAGGCGGUGCAACCUUACGUUUCGAAGCACGAAUCGACAAUAGAUUGGGGCAUAGCAGAAUUGAAGCAAAGAUCCUGGGAUUUGGUACUUCAUUAUUGGUACAAAAGCGUAGACAUGAGCUCAAAAAACUUUAUACAAUGUCUUCAGUUAUUGAUGACUCAAGUCAUGAACGCUGCAUUAUCAAGACCUCAAGCACAGGAGGGUCAAUCCAAAGACGAUCCGGCGUCAGCAGCGCAGGGGAACACGCCACCUGGAAUCUUCAAGCGAAACGUUGCUGAGAAGCCGCGGCCACCGGGAACUGCCGGCAGCCCAACCCCUAAAUCCGACUUUAUAAAGGGUCAGGUUGAGGCUCGUCAACAACAAUUGAAGAGUAAAUAAAUCAAUUCAAUAUAGAGUAGGAUAUUUUGUUUUUAGAUUUUUGUAUUUUUAAUUCAUUUUAUAUUCCAAAUUUUGAAAUUUUUUUGGGAAGUUGUACAUUUGUUUUGUGUGGGUGAAAUGUAAAAAAUCCGCACCGUCGCCGUCGCUAUCUGGAGCUGCGGAUCCAGACAAGCCGGAGCGUCCAAUCGAUAGCCUGCGCGGCGCCGCGGCGGAGCAAAUAAAAAAAGGCGGCUAAUGGCGGAAAGACGCGGCGGAGGGAGCUGCCGCCGCCGGAGCCGGCGGAGGCGGACAUCGGCUGGAGAUACGCCCACGCCGCCUGCUUGACGAGGCGAUUCCGGAUGCCGAUGUCGGAUCCGCCGUGCGCGGAGCUCGGCCGCGGCGAAUUGACCGCCGUCGUCGGGAGGAGAUCCUUCAGCGAGGUGUAGCUGUGCGAAUUAGGCUUGAUCGACAGCAGCUCGAGAUCGGAGGAGGAGCUGCUGUUGUGGUGGUGGAGGAGGAGAUUGAGCUUUAGCGGCGCUACUGCGAUCGAGGAGGGGACCGAACUCCGGCAGCGGAGGAGAGGCUGCGGCGGUGCCGCCAUGAAUUGAAAAUUGAGAGGAUUUGGUUUUCAAUUUCAAUUCUGAUUUCCUUUAAAUUUGGGCGUUCCGUUGUUUGGAAAAGUGUGCCUACGGCGGCGGUCUUCGCCUUUUAUGGUGGAGAGAUUUUCUGUUCGUUUUAUUAUUUUAAUUUUAUUUUCCAUUUUGUAAUUGGGAAAUUGAGUCACGCCCAAUAAUUGGUGUAUGGCUUUUUAACUUUAUAUAUUAUUAAUUUAUUCCGUAUA